AUGGCUGACAAAGGCAAAAAGGGCAAACCCGGGGCCGCAGCAGCGCCGACCCCGGCCCCGGCCCCGGCUGCCGCCGCAGCCGCGCCGGGGGCGGCCCCUCCUCCGGGCGACAAGCCUGAGGAAAAGACAGAGAAGAAGAAAAAGUCCGAGCAGCCCAAGGAUGAAGUGGGAACGAGGAAGGGGUGUCGCCGUUACAAGUGGGAAUUCAAGGACAGCAAUAGAGAGUUCUGGGUUAUGGGGUACGCUGAGGUCAAGCUCAUUAGCUUGGGCUGCCUAAUAGGUUCGCUGAUGAUGUUCACGGGGACCACUGUGCACCCCUUCCUGACACUCAUCAUCACCAUGGAGUUGUCCAUCUUCAUCUUCUUCAUCAUUAUCUACACCUUCGCCAUCCAGAGAUACAUGUCCUUCAUCCUGUGGCCCAUUUCUGACCUUCUCAAUGACCUGUUCUCCGGUACUUUCCUCGUGGGGGCCGCCGUCUUUGCCGUGAAAACUCGGCAAACCAUGCCAAUGCACUACGUUUAUGGUGUGAUCCUUAUCGGUGUGGCUGCACUUUUUGCUUUAAUAGAUGUUUGUCUUCAAAAGAAACACUUCAAAGGCAAGAAGGUCAAAAGGCAUAUGCUGAUUCCUCCAGGAAAGGAUAAAGAGGGCGAAAAGCCAAAGGAAGGAGAAAAACCAGGGGAAGCAGGCAAGGGGAAGGCAGGGGUACCGCCGCCACCGCCGCCGCCGCCGCCUGCUGAGGGCGGCAAGAAGUGA